AUGAGUUCUAGAAGUAGUAAAAGUACAGCCAAAGGAUGUUCUGCUAGAGUACAAACCAAAGCUUAUCUAGAAUCCUUGGAGAAGUCUGUAUGGUACAAACCAAAGCUAAUCCUUAGAGAAGCCUGUAUGGUACAAACUAAAGCUUAUCUAGAAUCCUUAGAGAAGCCUGUAUAUUUGGGUUAUCUGCUGUACAAAAGCCUCCUGUUACAAGAAGCCUUGUAUACCUUCUGUAAACCUAUCAAACUUGGAACAUAUUUGAGGGGGAACAAGACAGACUGGUCUAUAUUGUUACAAGUACUAAAUUUUACUUGUAUACAGCUAGCUUAUGUUAGAGGACCUGAGGGAAGUCCAAUCUUGGACUGGCCUGGGGGACUCUUUCUACAGACAUUCAAAAGAGUAUCCUCCCCUAACACUCUCUCUCACCUCACAUUGAAACAUGUUGCAAAUGUCUCCCCCUAUGUAGUCUGUAAACAGUCUAUCAGCAAGUUCACAGCCCCUGUCCUUGAAAAAGCUGGACAAAUAUCUGAUAAUGUGCUCCAGAAAAUAGAACAUUUGCUUGAGGACACUGAAAACAAUUUUAUAUCAGUAAAUUCUGGCCAUUUUGACCUUUAUCAUAACAAGAUAGUUGUAAGGAUGUGUGAUAGGGUCUGGAUUGAUACAAAUGAUAGUGCUAGAGAUGUCCUUUUGUGGCAGAUGAGGAGUAUAGCUUGGAAGAGUGAUCCUGUAAUAAGUCAAAUUUUGCAGAAGAGGAACAAUAAGGACCCAGUAUAUUCUGUCAAGAACCUAGUACCUAAAGACAAGAACAAAGCAUGUGACCCAGUCUCACACCAACUGUGCUUACCUUUCCUCAAAGUCUUCUUACAGUCUCUGAAGGGUGCUAUAGACAAUGUGCCUUCUUCCUAUUAUGAGCACAAGUAUGAUGUCACCUUUGAUCUGCUAGCAUGGAUUGACAACACUGCCCUAGCUGUUGCACUCAUGUAUGGGGCUUAUCCAAAAAUUGUGAUGGAUACCUUUUACACAUCCUUGAUUGUACAACUACUGCUUCUUCCACAAAGGCAUGCUGACAAAUAUUUUGAAAUAUUGCACAAUGUAGAGAUUGUAGUGAAUGUGGACAUUUUGGAGGUGCAAUCACUCUGCCACUUGUUGUUGACUAUCAGUAGUUGUGACAUGUCCUUUAAGCAGUUUGAGGACUAUUGA